GAAAACUGCAGCAGUUGCUGCGUGUAUGUUCAAAUAAACGGAGUGGUGUGGCAACAACCGACGGCAGUUGUUGUUGAUGUGAAAAAAAUAUAUUAGAAAAAAAAAAAGAAAGAAUUAAAAACCAAGCAAAAAAGGAUAAAAAAGUUAUUAAAAAAAAUAAAUUUUAUAUCUAAUGGAAAAGUUUAAUAAAUUACAAACAUUUAUAAGAAAAUAUUAAAUGUUUUGAAAGAAAUUUAAUGCAAUAAAUGAAAAUAAGAAAAAAAUUUGAAAUUUUCUAUAUAAAAGUUGCCAGAGUUUAAGGGGGAAAAAAAUGUGCAAAAAAUCAAUGUGACUAAAUAAAAGUAGAAAAAAGAGAAAAAAAUCCUUGUCUGUUUUUAACCACAUGCAAAAAAAAAAAUGUAAAACUUCAGGAAGUCACCAAUUUAAAAAUCCAAAAUCAAAUACCAAAGAAUAUUAAUAAUAAGUAUAAUAUAAAUGUGAUAUCGUCAAUAUUUGUUACAAAAAUAUUGACAAUAAAAAAAAUUAUAAACCAACAAUAAAAAAUCUAAAAAAAGUAGACUUAAGAAGUAAGACUAAUAAGUUGUAACUGGAACUAGCACUAGCCAAACUCAAACAGCAAUCAAUCAGCAACGCCUUCAUCAGCAACCAGCAUUAAAACUCCUGUAAAAGUGUUACACAGCAACAGCAGCCAAAUGUCCUCAAACAGUUUAUUAAAUGGUAGAUCUCUAAUACAUGAAGGUGCUCGUUCAAAUCGUCGUUCACUGGUGUCUAUGAUAUUGGGCCUAAUAAUAGGCUUCUGUUUAGCUGAGCUAUUCGUUUUAUCUACACCCGCUAAGCCGGAAUGGCUGUUAUAUGAGGGUCAUCGUCAUGGUGAUAUUAAUGAUCCACAUGCUAGUCAUGAUCUUAUCGAUGCCUCUGGGCCCGAAUUGGAUGUGGGUUUUCAUCAACAUGAACACGAAAACAGUUCGGUGGCCCAGAAAUUGUACAGUGAGGUACGUGUUCUUUGCUGGAUCAUGACAAAUCCUAAAAAUCAUAAAACCAAAGCACGUCAUGUUAAGCGCACCUGGGGUAAACGCUGUAAUAAGUUAGUGUUCAUGAGCUCGGAAGAGGAUAAAGAUUUGGGCACUGUAGCUUUGCCGGUUUCCGAGGGCCGUAAUAAUUUGUGGGCCAAAACCAAAGAGGCCUAUAAAUAUAUUUACGAACAUCAUUUAAAUGAUGCCGAUUGGUUUUAUAAAGCUGAUGAUGAUACUUAUGCAAUUGUAGAGAAUUUACGUUAUCUACUCUAUCCCUAUAAUCCCGAAACUCCCAUAUAUUUUGGUUGCAAAUUUAAACCGUUUGUUAAGCAGGGCUACAUGUCCGGUGGUGCUGGCUAUGUUUUAAGCAAAGAAGCUGUACGGCGUUUUGUGGAACAGGCCAUACCCAAUAAGAAAUUAUGUCGUGCUGACAAUGAUGGUGCCGAAGAUGUGGAAAUUGGCAAAUGUUUGGAAAAGGUUAAUGUAAUCGCUGGCGAUUCACGUGACCAUCAAGCAAGAGGCAGAUUUUUCCCUUUCGUUCCAGAACAUCAUUUAAUACCUCAUCAUACGGAUAAGAAAUUUUGGUAUUGGCAGUAUAUUUAUUAUAAAACAGAUGAGGGUCUUGACUGCUGUUCAGAUUAUGCCAUUUCAUUUCACUAUGUAACACCAAAUCAAAUGUAUGUUUACGACUACUUAAUCUAUCAUCUGCGACCCUAUGGUCUAAUUAAUGCUCCCGAACCACUACCAGAAAAAUUAAAAGUCGGUGAAACAGAAGCACCACCUGUAGAACCGGAGAAUCAAGCCCAAACAGUGGAGUCAUAAAAUUAAAUUAGUAAUAAUUUAGAAAUUCAUAAAAUUACACAGAUUUUACUAUAAAAUUUAAUUAUUAUUUUAAGAAUUUUUUGGUUUGUAUAAAAUUCAAGAGUAAACAUGAAUAAUAGAGAGGACAUAAAGAUAGUGUGUCUUAAACUGGAGUUUCCCCUCUAUAUGUUUUCUCUAUGCCAUAAAAACUUGUAUAUAGGAAAUAUUUGUAUUUAAAUUAUUGAUAAUUUUUGCCAUAAAUGUUUUAUUAUUUUAUUAUUGUUUUAUUAUUAUUCUUUUUUUAAAUUUGUUUAAUUAAUAUUUUAUUACUCGUAUACAUAAUUUUUGUUUAUGUAAUUGUGCAUAUUAAUUAAAAAUUAAAGAAAAAAAAAAACUUAGUUAGCUUUAAAAAAAAAAGAGAAAUUUCCUUUAAAUAAUUUUAAUAUUUAAAUUAGAUUAUAAGUAAUUUUUACAUUUAUAGCUGGUAUUUUGUAAACUUGUUCAUUUUAUUUUAUAAAAGCCAUUACUGUAGGGUGUUUGUUCAAAGUUUGAUUAAAUUUUUCCGAAAUUCUUAAUAUGGAAUAUUUAAUAGUGAAGUCUAUUAGAGCUGAUGUAUUGGCAAUUAAUAUCUCAUAAAAUAUAUGCUUUAGUGACUUCUAUUAGAUAUAGUCCAGUGUAAGAAAAACCCUUGUAUAUCAUGGCGGAUACAUAUAGUUAUAAUGUUCUAUAAGAAAUACUAGAUUCAAGAUGUUUCUGAAAAUAUUACUUAAUUGUCCGCGCCUUAGAACAUACGUGGGCUUAGAUUACUUUGUGAUAUUGGGAUCAAACCAUAUAUCGUUUCUACAUAGAAUAUCAUGGUCAAUGGAAACGUUAGACCUUAUACUCGUAGAAAUCCGUUGUUACACGGAUGACUCUAAACGGGGGACAAACCCAGCCUGGGAUUCUACAUUGAAAACACAGAAGCAGAAAUUUAUUUCGAUCUAACGAGUCAUAUUAUUAGCGUCCGGGUAGAAGUACGUGCAAGAACGGAAUAUAUAAGUUUGAUUAGAAUAAAUAUGGCGCCAUUAGGGAUUAACAUAUUUAACGAUAUCCAAAAGGCAAUUAAAACGAUAUCAGGUGUUAAUGAUAUAUCUUAGACCGUAUUGGGUUAAAAUAGAGGUUUGAAGCUUUACAUGUGGUAGAACGAAAUAGCGAAUAUACUUGCUAAAAAGAGCAGGGAACUGGAACCGUACGAAGCCACGAGGACUGAAUUAAAACAUAUGGGAGAAGUUUACCAAAAUGAGCAGAUCUAUGAUUAAUAUGAUGGGAAUAAAGGAUUAAGAGGAAUUUUGAAAUCACUUUCUCUGCGUCAACAAGUAAGCCAAAUGUUCUUGAUCGCUCUACAAGUGAGCUCUUUCUUCCGUCUUUCUUUGGUAAGAUUUUCUCUAAGAUAUUUCUCGAAUUGUCUUCGUAUUCUUUCACCGUUUAAUGUCGACGUUUAAAUGGAAAAUGCCCUCUUUAUAUCGAACGAUUUGUGCGCUUCAAUCGUGGAAUAUUCGAUCGCUUGGACAUCGAAAUUUGAAAUAAAAAAGUUCCACAACUAACCCACAAAGUGAAUACUUAUUUCUCAAUCAUUCAGAUUAAAGUGGUCCAGACGCUUUAGUUAUUAUCUGUGAAGUUCACAGAGUAAACCCUUGAAAGGUUAACCGAUGAAUGCCUCGUUCUAUCUUUAAUCGUAGGACGGUAUUCUUCAAUAAUUCGGUUUAAAAGUGGUCAUGACUCUUUAGUUAUUGUCUGUGAACUCUUGAAAAGUUAAACGGUGAAUGCCUUGUAAAAUUAUCGAAGUGGUAUUCACUUUCUCUAGUGAUCUAGAACUGAACCAAAUAUCCUAUCUGCGUCUAAUUUUAAAGCUUAGUUCUCCAUAUUCCGGUAGGGUAACUGUAAACAUUGCUAUAUGUAUUUCACCGUCAAUUCUUUCUUGUGCCUCCAAAGAAAAGUGGUGAAUUGUUUAGGUCGAUUCAAAAGUCGCUUUCCUUUAAUAACACAGACCAACAAAAAUUGAAAAAGAAAAACACAUACUUUUCCAAAAGUCUUAAUUGCACUAAAUCCAAUUAUGUCUUCCAGUCCAUUACGUUUACAAUAUAUCUCGAAGAAAGAUGACAGAGGUUAAAAUUUUAUUUUAAUGUCGGCAGAUUGGACAGAUUUUAUAAAUAAAGAUGCUUCCAAGCUAUUAUAAUGUCUCAAAUAAGGUCAUAGGUUUUCAAAAAUUUUAGAUCUGAAAUCUCUAAGACUUGAUAUCAUGAAGAGAUUCUGAGACCAGAUUCAGCGCAACUCAAUUCUUCAGAAAAGCCGCUUAAAUUCAUUGGUUCUUUAACAUUUUAGCCUUCAAGUUUCCUUAUUAUAUAAUCACUUAACAGUAAUGGCUUACGCAGUCAUUAUAGCAUAAAAACAUUAAAGCCAUUCUUUUUAAUUUAAAUUAGUUAAAUAAUUAAAUUAAGUGUAUGAUUUUGUGUUUGAAAUGUUUUAACUUUUGUACAAAUAUCUCUUACCUCCAAUUAAACGAUUACGACUAUAUACUCGUAAAAUGCAAAGUAAUAUAUGAUAACAUAACAUUUUUUAAUCAAAAAUAAUUUUAAGUAAAUUGUUAUAGUUUCUUUUUGCAAAUACAAAAUUUUUCAUUAUUUUUUUUUUUCCUAAGCACAAAAGAUUUGAAUUUUUUAAUUUGUUACAAAAAAAAAAAAUUAAAAAAGAAUGAAAUAAUUAUAAAGCUCUCGCUCGCAUUUAUUAUAAACUAGUACUACUUACCAUAACUUUUAAUGUGAAUAAUAUAAAAUUAAUAAAAAUAAAUGAAAUUAAUAAUUCAAAUUAAAA